AUGGAGAAAGUUCAUACAUCACAUUCACUGAUCUUGCUUCUUACCCUUCUCAUUGCUUCCUUCAUUCUCACAACCUCAAUAACCAAUCCCAAUCACCAAACAUCAAAUUUCAAGAAUCAAAAUGCAAAACGUGUCAAAAAAGGCGAGGUUCGUGUUCAUGCAAAAGGUGAAAAAGAUCAAGCAAGGAUUCCGUAUCCAGCUUAUGCUUCUGCUGAUGGUUUUCAGGAGAUGGAAGAAGGUGAGAAAGAUGAUGAGAAGAUGGUUCAUGGCCUAAAUGGGGAUCUCUAUUACGAUGGGCCCCCACAAGGUUACUUUGGGUACCCCUUUCCAGGUGGCAUCUUUGGAUUCCCUCGUGGUAUUUUCGGGUUCCCUCGUGGCUUUUUUGGGUAUCCACUAGGUUUCAGAGGGGGGUUGCUUCCAGGUGGUUAUGGUGGAUUUCCAGGAGGUUAUGGCGGUUAUCCAUAUCCAGGAAGCUAUGGUGGAUAUCCAGGUGGCGAUGGCGGAAAUCCAGGUGGUUAUGGCGGUGGAGGGCCAGGUAACAAACCUGGUGGUGGUGGUGGUGGUGCUGGUGGUCAUGGAAGUGGUGGAGGGUACCCUGGUUAUGGAGGUCAAGCUAAGGAGGUGAAGGGCAAAAGAGUCAAUCCAUAUAAUUGA